GCUUGAUGCUGUUGCAGAAUUGCUUGCUUGUAAGGCGCCACUGGUCGUUGCUGCUGUUGCCGAAGUUGUCACUGCUCCCGAAGUCGUCGCGGGUCCGGUGGAACUUGCGACGGAUGCUGCUGAUGUCGAUAUCAAGAUCUUUGUCGCUAUUGAGGGAACGAUAGUGAUGAAGUGAGCUUCGCUCGAUGACUCGCAAGUUGUUGUGUUCAACGCUCCACACCAAAAGCUCUGUGGUCCGUAGGCUGAACCGCUAUUCGAAAAUGGGCAGGGAUAUACUAAGUCACUGGAAUCAGAAUUCUUUUGUUCAUCUCCAGGCCGAUUGGAAUGCAACGGCGUCUGAAAGGGGUUUGAGAGCGAACAAGACUUACGAUUUAUCCACUCGUCACCAACUACGCAAUUUCAAAGUCAGUGCUAUGAUACCGACGAGGGAAGCGGGUUACUCUUACUAUCAUCGCAAUAUGUCGGACAGUCACCACCCCAAGUAUUUAUACAAGCUCCUCGAUAGACCAGGCCAAGACUACCAUAGCAUAGUCCGGAUCCAAGACAACUCUCUCCUGAAAGACAGCAAGACCCUGACGUUGCAGUCGAGUUGGUGCAUGGAAGAUAAUUGUCUGCUACUGAACCAUCCUUCCAAACACAAGUCUGAGCCACUGUCGCCGUGGUCGCCAUCGACACUUUCCAUAGCAUCAGCUGCGUGAGGAGGUAUCUAUAAAACAUUUCGAAAUAUACACAACCUCGUCAGAUGGCUGC